AUGCCUUAUCGAAAAUUCAUAUACCUUAAAAAUGCUUACUGUUCUUAUUCUAAUUUCAAUCUUCUCGAUAUUCGUUGUGAGAACGUGGAGAGCGAGUCGAAAACUUCCAAGAGAUUCGAUGACUUCCGGAAGACCAACUUCAAGAACGGAGGGAUCGAAGUGGAUGCAGCGAAUUGCUUCGACUUACUUGUGGGAUCCAUCAUUAACACUUUGCUGAUAUCUGAACGAUUCGAGCAGGGUGACAAAGAUUUCGAUGAGCUCAAUACAAGUCUGGCCGAGGGGUUUGAGAGCGCAUCAAUUUUGGACGCUUUCACUCCGAGCUGGUUGAUGAAGUCGGACUUUUGGAAGUGGCGAUCCAAAACCAUAUGUCGUCCAUUCGAUUUGAUAUAUGCACAAGUGGAUAAGGGAAUCAAGAAAAGACUGGAGGACGUUGCAAACGGAAAACAUAUAAUAGGCGAAGAAGGAGAUGAUUUCGUGGACGCUUUUUUGAUAAAAAUGGAGAAAGACAAGAUGGAUGGAGUAACGGAUUCAACUUUCAAUCCUGAGACAAUGACCAUUGACAUGUAUGAUUUAUGGAUAGGUGGUCAGGAAACAACCUCUGCAACUUUGACAUGGGCUUGUGCUUGUUUCCUGCAACAUCCAGAGGUGGUGCAAGAGUUGAGAGAAGAGCUGUUAGGAGUCACUGGAGGAACUCGUGGGAUAUCAUUGACUGAUAAGCCGAAUACACCAUUCUUGAAUGUCACUAUCAAUGAAAUCCAACGCAUUGCUUCAAUCCUCAGCAUGAAUCUGUCUCGUCAAGUCAAGGAGGACACUGUGAUCGAUGGACAACCGAUUUCAGCGGGAACCAUUGUUACCACACAAAUGUCAAUGAUCCAUACCGAUGAAACCGUUUUCAAGAAUCAUACCGAAUUCAAUCCAAAACGAUUCUUGGAGAACAACAACUUGGAUAAGUCAUUGAUUCCAUUUGGUAUCGGCAAACGAGUAUGUCUUGGCGAGUCAUUGGCUCGAGCAGAAUUGUAUUUGAUCACUGGAAAUCUUGUUUUGGACUUUAAUUUUCAGCCAGUUGGACAGAAGCCAGAAAUCAAGACACGGUCACCAUUUGCAAUGAUGAAGAGGCCACCACAUUAUGGUAUAAGAUUUGUUCCAUUGAAUUAA